AUGAUAGCUUUGGCAACAACAACAUCAGGUGUAUCGGCAUCACUUUUACCUGGGGGUCGAACAGCACAUUCUAGAUUCAAUAUUCCUUUGCAAGCUACUGAUUCAACGAUGUGCAAUAUAUCAAAACAAAGUGUUAGAUUAGAACUACUCCAGAAAGCAAGACUUAUAAUAUGGGAUGAGGCACCUAUGGCAAAAAGAUAUACAAUUGAAUCUCUGGAUCGAUCAUUCAGAGAUAUAAUGGAUUGUCCUCAACCAUUUGGAGGAAAGAUAAUUAUUUUUGGAGGAGAUUUUCGUCAAGUACUUCCAGUACUUCCAAAAGGGACAAGACAACAAACUGUUGCAAUUGGAGAGGUUACAACUUUCAAAAGCUUUGACGAGGCAAUGGACGAUACAAAUGCUUACUACCAGGAAGAAUUUUUAAAUUCUUUACUACCAAAUGGAAUACCUCCGCACAAACUUACAUUAAAGGUUAAUUGUCCUAUUAUGUUAUUGAGAAAUUUAGACUGA